AUGGCCGGAGAGAAGCAUGCAAUUGAGGAAACAAAGAGGAUGAAAUUCUCUAACACAGACGCAGUGGAGAGUUUCGCAAGGGCGAACUGCGAAAUGAUCUUGCAGAGAGCCGAAAGUAGGAAGUCGUCGUCUAAGCCGGAAAAGAUCUUCAAGUGCAAGAAAUGUGAACGUAGCUUCUCAACUGUCCAAUCCCUAGGCAGUCACAAAGCGAACCACAAGCGCAUUGAACGACUUGGUGGUGGCGGAACGGAAGCCGAGAUGAAGGGGCCCAAGCCCUACAAGUGCACUAUGUGCAGUGCUGAGUUUUGGAACGGAAUGGCUUUAGGUGGUCACAAGAGUAGUAAGCAUUAUCGUAAGCGCAAGAAUCAAGACUUGCUUGGGAGUGAUGAGAGUUAUGGCAAUAAUGCUAGUACUGUUGCUGGUAGUGCUGCUGAUCACUCUGAUGAUGUGAAGAUGGUCACUGGUAAUUGCUUUGACAAGAGGAUGUUAGGGCUUGAUUUGAAUCUGAGUCCGGAUGAGAAUGAAAUGAAGGUUUUCGAGUUUUAA